AUGGUUGACGACGAUACUGACAACCAAUUUUACGCCUUAUGCGUCGCCCGAAGUACGCUAAGAAAAGUGAUCAGAAAACAGAGUUUCUACUGUCCAAAAUGCCCCGCGGUUUACGAUUACAAGACUAUUCUCAAUCACCACAUGAAGCACGAAUGCGUCAAGACUAAGAGAUCCAAGAAAUUGACGUGCCCAGACGACGAGCCGAGGAACGUCGUGGAGUUCAGCGUCGUCCACGUCGAGGAUAUCCUGUCCCGGGCGUCUACCAGCCAAGCUUACACCCCCGCACACAGCUCCGCGAGUGGCAAAUUCGAUCGAGUCCGUCGCGGUCGUCCACCAGUGAAUUCCGCACACAAGUAUCUGUGUCCCAGGUGUCCGAGUAGUUUCACCUAUCUGCGCGGGCUGAAUCAGCACCUGAGAUAUGCCUGUUACCAGAGGCCCAGGUUUCAGUGUCCUUAUUGCCAGCACGUGAGCAAGUACAGAUACGCGGCGUACAAUCACGUGAGACAGUGUCACAAGAACGAGGAGGUUUACUGCAUCGAUCUGAAAGCUCAGGAGCAGUAA